AUGAAGUGGCUGGGAGAAUCCAAGAACAUGGUGAUGAAUGGCAGGAGAAGUGGAAGCAAGUCAUCUAAUGACCAUGCACAGAACAAGACCAAAUUGCAGCAUGCAGGAAAGGAAAAUCCAAAGACAGGCAAAAAUGGAGUUGAGAGAAGAUCAAGCAGAUGUAGCAGUGCUUCAGGAUUUGAGGGUCAAAGUCGUUACGUGCCUUCCUCUGGAAUGUCUGCCAAGGAACUGUGUGAAAAUGAUGACCUAGCAACUAGUUUGGUUCUUGAUCCCUAUUUAGGUUUUCAGACACACAAAAUGAAUACUAGCAUCUUUCCAUGUACUUGUAGACACUUCUUCAAGUCCUAUUCUGAAAUACAUUCAAGUCCCCUGAGAUUUCGACCUAUUAAAGGAAGACAAGAAGAACUAAAAGAGGUGAUUGAACGUUUCAAGAAAGAUGAGCACUUAGAAAAAGCCUUCAAGUCUUUGACGUCAGGUGACUGGGCCCGGCACUAUUUUCUUAACAAGAACAAAAUGCAGGAAAGGUUGUUCAAGGAACAUGUAUUUAUUUAUUUACGAAUGUUUGCAACUGACAGUGGGUUUGAGAUACUGCCUUGUAAUCGAUAUUCUUCUGAGCAAAAUGGAGCCAAAAUUGUUGCAACAAAAGAAUGGAAACGAAAUGAUAAGAUAGAACUACUUGUGGGCUGUAUUGCUGAACUAUCAGAAAUGGAAGAAAACAUGCUGCUAAGACAUGGGGAAAAUGACUUCAGUGUCAUGUAUUCGACACGGAAGAACUGUGCACAACUGUGGCUUGGUCCUGCUGCAUUUAUCAAUCAUGAUUGCAGACCUAACUGUAAGUUUGUAUCAACGGGCAGAGAUACAGCAUGUGUGAAAGCUCUAAGAGAUAUUGAACCUGGAGAAGAAAUCUCUUGUUACUAUGGAGAUGGGUUUUUUGGAGAAAAUAAUGAAUACUGCGAAUGUUACACCUGUGAAAGACGUGGAACUGGUGCUUUUAAGUCAAGAGUGGGGCUGCCAGCACCUACUCCUGUGAUUAAUAGUAAAUACGGACUGAGAGAAACAGAUAAACGACUAAAUAGACUUAAAAAGUUGGGUGACAGCAGCAAAAAUUCGGACAGCCAGUCUGUCAGCUCUAACACUGAUGCAGAUACCACUCAGGAAAAAGCUAAUGCAACCUCUAACAGAAAAUCUUCAAUUGGCGUAAAAAAGAACAGCAAAAAUAGAACAUUAACAAGACAGUCUAUAUCAAGAAUUCCAGCAUCAUCAAAUUCUACCUCAUCUAAACUAACUCAUAUAAAUAAUUCCAGGGUACCAAAGAGACUGAAAAAGCCUGCAAAGCCUUUACUUUCCAAGAUAAAGUUGAGAAAUCAGUGCAGAAGGCCAGAGCAAAAGAAUGCUUCCAGAAAGCUUGAAAUGGGAAAUUUAGUUCUCAAAGAGCCUAAGGUAGUUUUGUACAAAAACUUGCCCAUUAAAAAGGAUAAAGAAUUGGAGGGACCAGUGAAAGUUGCAGUCACUAGUGGAUGCUUAACAAGGCAUGCAGCCAGAGAACAUAAACUGAAUUCUGUGAAAGGUGCUUAUGAGCAUGGUGAUAAACCACCCUGCACAUACAUAACAAGGAGGUCAAUGAGAACAAGAAUGAAUUUGAAGGAGACCUCUGACAUAAAGCUUGAACCAAAUAUGUUGGAUAGCUAUAAGAAUAUUUUGACUGGAAAGCAACCAGACAUUUUAGAUCAGCACUCUCAUGUAAUAAACAAAAAUGACAUGGCACAUGGACCAUCACAUAAAGGGGAUAUUAGGUGCCAGAAAAAUGAUGCAGGCAUGUCAAAAAAGAAAACUCGACAAGGGAAACUUGUGAAACCAUCUGCAAAAAUAGAAGAAACCGAUACUACGCACAAUACACCUGUGAAAGAUGAAGUACCAGAUUUGAUUAGUUCUCAACCAGAGCCUGGAGAGAGGAAUAAUGUGAUGGACACACCUGUUGGUUAUAAAGACUGUAUCCCUGGAUCUGGUGGCUGCUCUGUUGUAACAUCUGAAAAUUUUAAAGCAAAAGACAGCUUUAGAACUGCAAAAAGUAAAAAGAAAAGGCGAAUUACGAGGUAUGAUGCACAACUUAUCCUUGAAAAUAGCUCUGGGAUUCCUAAACUGACUCUUCGUAGACGCCAUGAUAGCAGUAGCAAGGCAAAUGACCAAGAAAAUGAUGGAAUGAGUUCUUCAAAAAUAAGCAUCAAAUUAAGUAAAGACCAUGAAAAAGAUAAUAAUUUAUAUGUAGCAAAGCUAAAUAAUGGGUUUAACUCAGGAUCAGGCAAUAGUUCAACAAAACUAAAAAUACAGCUAAAACGAGAGGAAGAAAACAGAGGGAUGUACCCUGAUGACCUUCAUGAAAAUGGUAUGUGCUGUAGUGAAACUCUCUCCCUGUUGGAGUCAAGGAUGGAAGUAGGUGAUUAUGGUGACUAUGAAGAAGAAACAGCUGAUGAAUCUUCAUCAGAAGAGGAUGACGAAGAGGAAGAUGACUAUGAUGAUGAAUUUGAUGACUUUAUUCCCCUUCCUCCAGCAAAGAGACUAAGGCUUAUUGUUGGCAAGGAUUCAAUAGAUAUUGAUAUUUCUUCCAGGAGGAGAGAAGAUCAGUCUCUAAGGCUCAAUGCAUAAGCCUGUUGGUCUUAAGUGAUCUGGAUGUAAUUUUUAAAAAACAAAA